UUCCAGGCCAGACCAUCUGAAUGGGCACAUUAAGCAGGUGCACACCUCGGAGAGGCCUCACAAAUGUCAGACCUGUAACGCUUCCUUUGCCACCCGUGACCGCCUGCGCUCCCACCUGGCCUGCCACGAAGACAAGGUACCCUGCCAGGUGUGUGGGAAGUACUUGCGGGCGGCGUAUAUGGCAGAUCACUUGAAGAAACACAGCGAAGGACCAAGCAACUUCUGCAGUAUAUGUAACCGAGAAGGCCAGAAAUGCUCACAUCAGGACCCGAUUGAGAGCUCCGAUUCGUACGGUGACCUCUCGGACGCCAGUGACCUCAAGACCCCGGAGAAACAGAGCGCCAACGGCUCCUUCUCUUGUGACAUGGCCGUCCCCAAAAACAAGCUGGAGCCCGACGGGGAGAAGAAGUACCCCUGCCCCGAGUGCGGGAGCUUCUUCCGCUCCAAGUCCUACUUGAACAAACACAUCCAGAAGGUGCACGUGCGGGCCCUCGGGGGGCCCCUGGGGGAGCUGGGCCCUGCGCUGGGCUCGCCCUUCUCCCCCCAACAGAACAUGUCCCUGCUGGAGUCCUUCGGCUUUCAGAUCGUGCAGUCCGCCUUCGCGUCAUCCUUGGUAGACCCGGAGGUCGACCCGCAGCCGCUGGGGCCAGAGGGCAAGUGAGGCCGGCGCGUCCCGCGAGCGAGCGCAGCCCUGCAAGUCAGCGGGAGCCGCAGAGAGCUGCGGAGGAGGAAGCAGCGAUGUCCUGGGUUCUGUAGCCGAGAUUUUGAUUCCUUUCUAACCCCCGACUCCCCCCGCCCGCUCCUAAAGCCCCUUAGAGGUAGCUUCUGAGGCCGCAGCCGCGCGGGGCAGCCCGCAGGGGACGUGGGGCCACGGCGAGCGACGGCGGAGCCUCCCAGGGACCCCCCAACCCCCCCGAAACCACAGUAAGUUUCCACCCGCCUGCAAACACCGAUCAAUUCCCAGCGUUGGGACCGAAUCCGGAAGCCUGUAGCAGACCACGGUGCCGCCGUGCCUCGGGAGACUCUCCGAUGCGCCGGGCGGGGCUCCGAGACCCCGCGGAGGCGACCCCCACCGGCCCCAGCUGGAUCUUUGGUACUUUGACCAUUCAACUUGCUGUGUCGGGUUUUAAUUCUCUAAUUAUUAUUAUUAUUGUUAUUAUUUUUAGGACCUGUUGUAGUGAGUUGCUACUGAAAGCCAGUCCAGGUGAUAUACGGAGCUCUUUUUAAGCAGCAGUCACAUUAGGGUUAGGAUUAAACUUUUUUAGGUGUAUCAUAAAUAAUAACUUGGCUAGUGGAUGGUUUUAAGUCUAUGGAAGAAAUAGUUUUAUGCAAAAUUUAAAAAAAUGCCAGUCUGGUUGGGGUGUAGAAGUUGGGCUCUAGCCGGGGACCCCGAGGCGGGAGAAGCCGCUCGCCGGGAGCGCCGGCUACCACUGCUGUGUUGCGUUGAAAUAAACCCCGUUUUGCUGAGUGAUGUGAUUUGAUCUGAUCAGACUGUAUUAAAAAAGUUAGUACGUUC